GGUCCCGCGUGGAGCCGCCGCCGCCGCCGCCGCCGCCGGGGAGGAGGAGGAUGAAGGACAAACAGAAGAGGAAGAAGGAGCGCACGUGGGCCGAGGCCGCGCGCCUGGUACUAGAAAACUACUCGGAUGCUCCAAUGACACCAAAACAGAUUCUGCAGGUCAUAGAGGCAGAAGGAUUAAAGGAAAUGAGAAGUGGGACAUCCCCUCUUGCGUGUCUCAAUGCCAUGCUACAUUCCAACUCAAGAGGAGGAGAGGGGCUGUUUUAUAAACUGCCUGGCCGAAUCAGCCUGUUCACACUCAAGAAGGACGCCCUGCAGUGGUCCCGCAGUCCGGCUGCAGUGGAGGGAGAAGAGCCGGAGGACACAGCCGACGUGGAGAGCUGUGGGUCUAACGAAGCCAGCACUGUGAGCGGUGAAAACGACGUUUCUCUUGAUGAAACGUCAUCGAAUGCAUCUUGUUCUGCAGAAUCUCAAAGUCGGCCUCUUUCCAAUCCCAGGGACAGCUACAGGGCUUCCUCACAGGCAAACAAGCAAAAGAAAAAGACUGGGGUGAUGCUGCCACGAGUUGUCCUGACUCCUCUGAAGGUAAACGGGGCCCACGUGGAAUCGGCGUCAGGGUUCUCGGGCCGCCACGCCGAUGGCGAGAGCGGCAGCCCGUCCAGCAGCAGCAGCGGCUCUCUGGCCCUGGGCAGCGCUGCCACUCGUGGCCAGGCCGAGGUCGCCCGGGACCCUGCCCCGCUCCUGAGAGGCUUCCGGAAGCCGGCCACAGGUCAGAUGAAGCGCAACAGAGGGGAAGAGAUAGAUUUUGAGACGCCUGGGUCCAUUCUUGUCAACACCAACCUCCGGGCCCUGAUAAACUCUCGGACCUUCCAUGCCCUGCCAGCCCACUUCCAGCAGCAGCUCCUCUUCCUCCUGCCUGAAGUGGACAGACAGGUGGGGACAGAUGGCCUCUUGCGUCUCAGCAGCAGUGCACUGAAUAACGAGUUUUUCACUCACGCGGCCCAGAGCUGGCGGGAACGCCUGGCUGAUGAACUGAUCGUGUGGGAAGCCUCUGCCUGGCACAUAACCAGAUUCCAGAUUCCCCGAAGGAAAGCAGGUGAAUUCACUCAUGAGAUGCAAGUCAGGAUCCGACAGGAAAUGGAGAAGGAAAAGAAGGUAGAACAGUGGAAAGAAAAGUUCUUUGAAGACUACUAUGGACAGAAAUUGGGUUUGACCAAAGAAGAGUCAUUGCAUCAGAAGGUGGGCCAUGAGGAGGCUGACAUCAAGAAUGACUUGCAUGUCCCAGGAGAAUCAGCACGGCCACAGCGUGGUCCAGCCACCCGGCAGCGAGAUGGGCAUUUUAAGAAACGCUCUCGGCCAGAUCUCCGAACCAGAGCCAGAAGGAAUCUCUACAAAAAGGAGCCAGAACAAGCAGGGGUCACUAAAGACACACAGUCUGUGGCACCAGACAUCCCCCUCUACAAGGAUGGGGAGGCUGAGAGCGACUCAGCAGAGGCAGGCAGCCCUCAUCUGCCUGACACGGCCUCUGUAGCACCCGAACCAGAGAGUACUGAAUUCCUGACCCAGCCUGUGGCUUCCCGGACGCAGACCGAUCCAGGCGACCUGGCACGUGCCUCCGUGUCUCCAGACAGGAUUCCCAGCUUGCCUCAGGAGACUGCGGAUCAGGAACCCAAGGAUCAGAAGAGGAAAUCCUUUGAGCAGGCGGCCUCCGCAUCCUUUCCCGAAAAGAAGCCCCGGCUUGAAGAUCGUCAGUCCUUUCGUAACACAAUUGAAAGUGUUCACGCCGAAAAGCCACAGCCCACCAAAGAGGAGCCCAAAGUCCCGCCCAUCCGGAUUCAACUUUCACGUAUCAAACCACCCUGGGUGGUUAAAGGUCAGCCCACUUACCAGAUAUGUCCCCGCAUCGUCCCCAUCACGGAGUCCUCCUGCCGGGGCUGGACUGGGGCCAGGACCCUCGCAGACAUUAAAGCCCGUGCUCUGCAAGUCCGAGGGGCGAGAGGCCACCACUGUCAUCGAGAGGCGGCCACCACUGCCAUCGGAGGGGGGGGUGGCCCGGGUGGAGGUGGCGACGGGGCCACCGAUGAGGGAGGUGGCAGAGGCGGCGGCAGUGGUGAUGGUGGUGAGGCCUGUGGCCACCCUGAGCCCAGUGGAGCCCCGGGCACCCCUGGAGAGUGUGCGUCAGAUCUACAGCGAACACAACUACUGCCGCCUUGUCCUCUGAAUGGGGAGCAUAUCCAGGCUGGGACUGCCCUGUCCAGAGCCAGGAGAGAGGACCUGAUUGCUCUCAGAAAGGAGGAGAGCUGCGCACGGCAGAGGGUUCCAGAUGUCCUCACAAGUGGGCUGGAAGAUGCCUCCCAACUCCCCGUUGCUCCCCCUGGGGACCAGCCGUGUCAGGCUUUGUCCCCACUGUCCUCCCAAACCCCAGCCCCGGAGAGAUCAGUUGAGCAGUGUACGUUGCAUCUAGAUGUUAGAACUGAACACGAGUCUGGUACCGCUUCCUUGGGAAGCGAUGAUGAGGAUCGAGGAUCCUCUCUUCCCCCAGAGGGUUGUCCUGUGCAGUCUCUAGUGGGGGAUGUUGUAUUGGAAGGAGGACCUGGCCAAGCUCGAGACCAAGACAGUAUCCCCACCAUGAAGGAUCCUGUGAAUGUGACUCCUAGUUCCCCCACUGAACCACCAUUGGCUGGUUGCCUGCAGGAUAGACUGUGUGAUGAGGAAUUAGGACUUGGUGACUCAUGCCCAUCCAUAAGGGAAAGUGCUACUAGACAAGAAGACUUGACAACUGAGGCCCUGGUCUCUGAUGGUGCUGCUCCUUGGGUGCCUGGCUUGUCAAAGGAUGAGGCAGUGGGACAGCCUGGACCAGACUCUAGGGAACAUGUCCCAUCUGUUGAGCCCCAGGCUGUGGAAGAGUGGGAGAAGGCUGCUCCCCUCAUUCCUGCGUUACCUGGAGAGUUGACAGCUGGGGAGGGGCUAGGCCUCCCUAACCACUUCCCUUUGCUCUGGACAGUGCCACCUCGAGGGAGCACUGAUGACAGCACUGGUAGCGACUGCAAACAGGUGGAAGGUGGAAAGUUGAAAAUCAAUGGAGACUCUGAAGCCCUGAGUCCUCAUGGCGAGUCCACAGACACGGCUUCUGACUAUGAAGGCCACCUGUCUGAGGACAACAGCGAGGCUGACCCCAAUGAGGCCACCGUGGUGAAGAGAGCCUUGGUGGUGGACACAGAUGAGAAACACAGUUGGAACCACUCUGCCUCACUCUCCAAAGUGAAUGGUGACCAGAGUCUGGUUACAAGGACAGACAGCAUGGCUGCUCCUCAGAGCUGGGUGUCUCGUGUAUGUGCAGUCCCCCAAAAGAUUCCAGAUUCCCUGCUGCUGGCCAGCACCGAGUACCAGCCGAGGUUCAUGUCUCUGGGUAGGCCUGGGUCCUCAGUGGAGGCCACUAACCCACUUGUGAUGCGGUUGCUGCAGGGUAACUUGCCCCUAGAGAAGGUUCUUCCUCCAGCCCAAGUCACCGGCAAACCUGAAUCCCCAUGUCUCCUCCUUAUGAAAGAGCAGAGCCUUGGCGGCUCCCUGGGAGUGGGAUCUUUGCAGGAUUUGGCAGAAAACAGUUGCGCAGUUGGCAAGAGCAGCUCCCGUUCUUUAAGAGCUUCAAAGGAGCCUCUUCUACCUGAAAGCCUUGAAGCAAGCACUGGUCUUGCCAGGCUGGAGCCCACCCAGGCUCCUGGAGCACCCCAGAAGAUUUCCAAGACAGUCACAAGUCUAGACUCCCUCUAUCCAGGGACAGAGCUGACGGCUGCCUCUGGGAAAGUAGAAGAAGUGGAUUCCAAAGAGCGGUUCUCUCCUGCUAGUUCGGAAGAUCAGAAGGAAGCCUGUGACAUGUCCCAGUGCAGUAAUUCAAAUGCUGCCCCAGGCAGAAGUCCUGGAAAUCUCACUACCUCGAGAGCCCCUUGUUUCUCAUCUUCAAACGCAAUCUCCUUGGCUCCCGAUCAGAUAGGUCGGGCCCUGGGUAAUCAGAACAGUGCUGGAGGCCAAGGGAAGAAGCUCUUUGGCCCCAGGAAUGAGGCUGCAGCCCUUCCGCAACCCAGACCCGUAGAGCCAAUGCCACUGCCCGCUGAUGCCCCUCCUGGUUUUCCCAGUCGGAAGUUGGGGCCAAGCAAAAACUCUGUGUCCGGUGGGGUACAGACCGCCAGGGAAGACUGGGCUCCAAAGCCACCGCCUGCCUCUGUUGGCAGCAUCAAGAGCGAGAAGACUUUUGGGGGGGGUCCUCUCAAGGCAAAUGCCGAGAACAGAAACGCCACUGGGCCUGGUCCUCGGGAACUAGUGGAUCACUUGCAGGGGAUGCCCUUUGUCCUUGACCUGCCCUUCUGGAAAUUACCCCGAGAGCCUGGGAAGGGGCCUGGUCAGCCUCUGGAGCCUUCCUCCAUCCCCUCCCAACUCAAUAUCAAACAGGCAUUUUAUGGGAAGCUUUCCAAACUCCAGCUAAGUUCCACCAGCUUUAAUUAUUCCUCUAGCUCCCCCACCUUUCCCAAAGGCCUUGCUGGGAGUGUGGUGCAGCUGAGCCACAAAGCAAACUUUGGUGCGAGCCACAGCGCAUCCCUUUCCUUGCAGAUGUUCACUGACAGCAGCACGGUGGAAAGCAUCUCGCUCCAGUGUGCGUGCAGCCUGAAAGCCAUGAUCAUGUGUCAGGGCUGUGGUGCGUUCUGUCACGAUGACUGUAUUGGACCCUCAAAGCUCUGUGUAUUGUGCCUUGUGGUGAGAUAAUAAAUUAUGGCCAUGGGAAAAGUUGUAUAUUUAGUGUGCGUAUUUUGAUAAUGAUUGAUCUUACAUCUAUAUACAGGAUAUCAUUGAUAUAAGAGACUCUGUUUCUCCAGGCAAGAGCACUCUUGCCCCCUCCCUCAAAUUUGUAGUGCUGAAGCCCCUCUGUCACUUACCACCUCUUCUGGGCCUGCUGGCGGGGUUUCCUGCCAGGCACCUCCCUGGGCUGCCCAAGGCCGGCUGGCCAGCUUGAGCUCUCAUGCAGACAGAGCCUGGUGUGGCGUGGGGAGCCUGCCUUGACACCCAGAGGGACUUGAAACUGAAGAAAGAAGGUUGUGUUCUCCAUCAAGGGAACUAACCUACCUGAACUGAGUAGGCAUGUCAGUCUUCCACCGCCCGCUCCCUGCCUUCUUCCCUUUCUGCUACUCCCUCGGGGGGAGCCGAUGGCUGGGGAAGCCAGGACAGGGUUAAAAUCACUCCCAGCAGUGCCCACCAGGGGGCCCAAGCACCUGCUGACCUCAGGGUCACAGUCACUUCUCAGUUGACAGGAGCCAGUUUGACCUUUGGUUCUGUUGCUGAAGCAAAUUUGGGACUUUUCUGUCUCGGUACAGUUCACUGGCCCACAGGAGCUUUUGGAACCUUGAAUAGACUUGCUCGGACAAUGGGGUCGGGCAUAGGGUUGUCUUUCCUCUUAAAAUGCCAUCUGUAGACUUUGUGAGUCAGAUGUCCAGAUGUUUGGCAGGUGAAUUCCUCUGCUUGACACCCUCCCUGUCACUUUGGACUCGAUGGGAGUGGGCAUCUCCACGCACCUGUGUAUGUGAAAGUCAUUUUACAUUUCAAAGCAGUGUGUGUUUCUUAUUUUUAUAUUUUUAACUCUUUAUCCUUGGAUGUAUAAAGUGAACUUUUUGGCUUCUGUAAGUAUGCUCUAUGCACCUCUAAUGUUUUAUCAUGUAUUUAUAUGUUGUACACAGUACUGGCUGAUUCUGUAAAUGGAUGUAUUGUACAGAGAACACGAGUGUCUCUCCCUUAUUAUCCGUCUCCCGCGUCAUCGCAUUAAAGUGGUGUGCUUCUCUCCGCCCGUGUCCGAGCUGCCGCGUGGCCCGGUGCCCUGUCAUGGUUGCCCAGUGGACCCGCCGUGGCCUGCAGGGCCACAGCCAGCCCGCCCGUGCUCUGCCGAGCGGACGUGUCUCGCCCCUCACAUCUCUGCUCUUCCCACCUUCCGCUCGCCGCUCGCUGCCAUACGUGACGAAUCACCGCCACCAGUGUGCAGUGCUCUGGAGUCAAGGGUGAGUGCCCUGGGCAGCCCCACGCAGGCUUUCCAGAUCUGGCUCCAGGGUUCCCGCCUUCAGCAGUAUGUGGGACCCUCUGAUGUCCUUUUGACAGCAGGUUGGGGAAGAAACGGCCACGCCCGCUGCCUGCCUCUCCCCACCCUCCCCAACCCACGUCCAGCACAUAGACGUCUCCGUAGUUGUCGUCCCCUGCCUUACUUCUUACACGUCGACUCGUUAAAGAGUCGAGAGCCCUCCUUUCUGACUUUGGUCUCCCUGUGUGAGUGCUUCUGGGUGAAGUAGAAAAUUGGUGUGACCUCAGCAAGUCUCGUUUCACCUGAAAGACCUCUCCCCUGACCCCCAUUUCAUCCACUGUGGCAUUUUUGUCGUCGGAAGCAUGGGUGAGAAGAUGGCAGUCACAUGGUGGUGUUAAUGUGGUAUUGGCCAAGUCCGAGUUGUCAACUUUCAGAGUCUGUUUACCAAAGACAGGGAGCAGAUCCUCUUCUUCCUUCUGCUGUGACCUUUGGCAGCCUCUAGGCUACAGGUGGAAACUGGUCUGGUCUGUGGGGCUGCCCAGGGAAAGCACUGCUCUUGUAUGUCUCUUGUGGUUUUGGAAAAAUAAACCUGUACAGCCUGC